AUGUCAUCAAAGUUUGAAAUAGAUCAAUGGCAAGCAGCCUGUACUGCAUUUGAUAAUAAAGAUUAUGAUUUGUCACUAAAGACCUUCAUCGGUAUAGCAGACAACGCGAAAAUGUAUUUCAAUAUUGGACUUAUCUUUGCGACAGUAGAAGAUCAUGAUCAUGCGCUAGGGGCUUAUUCAAAGGCAAUUUCAAUGGAUCCUUAUUUUGCAGUAGCUUAUUUUCAAAGAGGCGUAUCUAAUUUUAUAAAAAAUGAUAUGGAAUCCGCAAGAAAAGAUUUUGAUGAAGCUUAUCAAAAACUUCGUGGAAAUCAAAUUAUCAAUUAUCAGCAAUUGGGAUUAAGUUUUCGACUUUAUUCUUGUGAAGUGUUAUUUAAUAGAGGCGUCUGUCAACUCUAUUUGGGUAAAAUAGAUGCAGGUCUUACGGAUUUAUAUCAUGCACAAAAGGCAAAAAUGACAGAAGAACAUGAUGUAAUUGAUCAAGCAGUGAAAGAUAGAGGGAAAGGUUAUUCAGUUUUUUCUAUUCCACCCUUUGUGAUAUUUAGGCCCCCUGAAAGUAAAUUAAAACAAUUUAAUGGUGUAGACAUAUUUGCAGUCGUAAAUGAAUUUAAUCAAAAGAAGCCAAGUCAAAUAAAACGUAAUAAUUCUAUUUUAUUAAAUGAAAAGCUUCGUUGUUAUAAGCAACCUAUUCCCAUUCAAUCAACCUCUACGCAAAAAAGAAAGGACUCUAAUCUCGGAAUGUAUUACUCUGAUGAUUCUGCAUCUACUCUUUCUUAUGGUUCUUAUCGAUAUCAUCGUCAAGAAAAUGGUCGACAUGUAGAUAGUGGAUUUGAAUCAGCACUUGAGGAUCGAUAUUCUUCUUCUUCAUUGUUGGGUAGAAAUUCAACCUAUUAUAAACAUCAAACUAAAGGUCAACUUCAUUAUUCUUCUUCCCCUAUUUCACGUAUACCCAAAUUACAUGAAGAUUUAGAUCAUUAUUAUUAUGGUGAUUUUGAUCAAGAUCUAGAUGAAGUAUAUGGAUCUUUGCAUACGGUAUCCGUACAAGAUAAAGAAAAAGACCGUAUACGAAGUCGAUUAGUCGCUAAUAAAGAUGAUAUUCAUAUUCAAUCUUCAACUUCAACUUCAACUAUUGGAUCCAAUAAUAGCAGCUCAACUAAUAAAAUUAAGAUCAAAGCUCAUUAUACAGAUACAAGGAUUUUACUAGUUUCCAAUUCAAUUCAUUUUGAUGAAUUAAAAUCGAAAAUUCGAGAAAAAUUUGGUGCACCCACUUCAAUACGAUUACAAUAUAAAGAUGAAGAUAAUGAAAUGGUUUUAAUGAUUGAUAAUGAUGAUUUAUAUAUGGCAAGACAAGUGAGUAAAUCUCGUCAUGGUAUGAAUGAUUUAGAAAAAUUGGAAAUUUGGUGUGUUGAUUCACUCUAA